AUGGCGCGGAAGCCGGCCGUCGCCCCAGGCCGGCGAGGGGGCGGGACUACACGCCUGCGCACGCGCGCAGGGACACAUAGGCGGAAGUGGUGUGCGGCCGCUGGAGAUGCGAGCACCUUCCGGGGCAGUGGCUGCCGUGGUGAAAAGUGCAGGAGUAAGAGAGAAGGAGGAAGAGGAGGUGAUGGCGACGGACCUGGGGAGGGGGAGACUCUCCGUCUGGCUGAGGCGCCACCCGGGCUGGGGUCACCCUUCCAGGUGACAUAUCGGCUCUGGGGGGCUGCACCCGGGGCCCUUCCAGUGUUGGGGACCCAGAUCCCCUCUCCCCCAGAAAACCUUGACACCGCCCGUCUUCCUUAUCCAGAACGAGCAUUCGAGGAGCGGAUAAGGUCGGGAUGGAAGGAGCGGGAAUUAAUAUUUUCAGUGGAGGGUUUUAAGUCCUAUGGCUGGUACCUUACUUUAGUGCAGUUUGCAUUUUACUCCAUAUUUGGCCUAAUAGAACUUCAGCUUAUUCAGGACAAAAGGAGAAGAAUACCAGGAAAAACCUACAUGAUAAUAGCUUUUCUAACUGUGGGUACUAUGGGGUUAUCAAACACUUCCUUGGGCUACCUGAAUUAUCCUACCCAAGUCAUCUUCAAGUGCUGCAAAUUGAUUCCUGUUAUGCUAGGAGGAGUUUUUAUUCAAGGAAAGCGUUAUAAUAUUGUAGAUGUGUCUGCUGCAGUAUGUAUGAGCCUUGGCCUUAUAUGGUUUACCCUAGCUGACAGCACAAUUGCACCAAAUUUCAACCUGACAGGAAAAGAUGCAUUUUAA